CAGGCUGGGGGGUGGGUAUAUGUCACUCGGUUUUCUGUGAACAAGAGAAACGUCGUACAGUUUUGUUCUCGCAUCGAAACAUCAGCACUUUCUUGCAGAAGAAGAAGAAGAACAACACCAUCUUACCUUGCUCUCCCCCACGAAGAACUUGGAACUCGAAGUUAGACUGCUACAAGAGAUCCGGACCUGAUUAGUUUUGAGCGAAAGAGUUGCACCUUUCCACCACCACAACAACAACGAUGUCGCAACAAACACAACAACAAGAAGACCACGAAGGACGAGGCCGUCGUCCUGUCUCUCGAAAGGCUCUUAAUGCCAUCGAACAAGCUCUUGAUCAGAUCGAAGCUACUUCGGCUGCAGAAACGGCCGAAGAUUCCGACGGACCACCCACACCUGCCUACUCCUGGAUUCUGCCUAGCAGUACAUCAGCAGCAAUUCGCGCCACCAGCCCUUCCACAGCUUCUUCGGCCACAAGUUCAUCAGCAGAUUCGGGCGAUGUCGACGUUCGACGAUCCGAAGCAGACGACCGUAUGCGAAUCGGUUUUGAAGUUCCUCGCGACGAGAGCGGCCAGCGAGCUUCCUGGAUCAAUCAUCACCAGGGUGGUGUGAAACUCUCCACGUGGAGUUGGCUUGCUGAUGUCGAGGCGCAGCAGCCGUCGCCAGAAGAUCGCAGAAAGAGAAUUGCGAAUGCUAGAAUGGCGCUCUUGAGAAAACAGAGAGGUCGCGAAGUUGGAUAUGGAACUUCGAAUACUCCGGGGGAGGUGUAUGGCGACACGCUGGGGAAGGGAAAGUGGUUUUCUGUGGUUGCGGAGGUUUAUGAGACGGAGGCGGAUGAUGCUGAUGAUGGGGUGGAUGCUUGCAGGGAUUGUGGAAACCCGUGGCAGGCGGGAUUGUUAACGUUGGUCGUGCUGUGCUUGCUUGCGAUGGCCUUGUGGGUAGCUCUGCCUUAGUACCCGCUGACCGGGUGUGGAUAUGCGGGUCGAUAUGCUUUAUUUUGGAUGGCUCAGCGCGAGGAGAACCAGACGCUCGUAGAGUACAUACAUGUAUGCAUUGUGAAAGUUUUGUUGGAAGCUUAGCUGUGUGAUCAGGUCGUCUUGUAGCUCGUCAUCUUGUAGCCUGAUGAAUGCGCUGUGAUUACUCGUGUUGUAAAGACUACCGCCAAGAGGUGCCGCCCUCGAGACUGGUCCGGAGCAGGAGACAAUUUCACCUGCUGCUCAUCCAAUGUUUGCCCGGUCUAGGUAUGCCGUGAGUCUC